CGUACAGUCAUCUAUAUCGACUCUUGGCCCACGUAUACUUGCACGUAAUACAUUUAGGUAGACUGGUGUCAUUUGGCGAUUCAGGCCCAGUGCUGUGUCGUUGUAGUUUAUGAGGCGUUGGGUUCGCUUCAAGCAAAUAUGUUGUACCAGAAUAUAUAGUCUCGGCGACUGUACAAUUUUUUUUGGAGGGGGGUCUUAUCUUUUCUUUUCUCCUUCUAUCUCUUUUUGGCGCGGGAGUCUAACAUGCGCAUACUUUCUACGGAGUAUUAUCUAUCCGUUCCUCAUCCGGAUGUAACACUCAUUUUACCUUGAUUGUUAUAUGAAACACGUAA